UGUGGAGUGGAUGUUUUUUUGAAUUGUGCCGUUUACAUGCGCAGGUCGCGCGCGGCUUUCACUUUAAAAGUUCCUAUAUUUUAAAAUAGGAAAUUUUAUAUAUAUUUCGAGUGAAGUGAAUUUUUAUUUUUUUCAUGCUUUUAUAAAUGUGACUGUAAGAAAAGAUGGCUGCCUUUAACGUUAUAUUUGGGUGUGUAAUGGCACUCCUUAUUAUCUUAUUCACAAUAAGUUCAAUCGCCAGAUAUUAUAUUAAGUUUACAUUAUUCGUCGUGUUAUCACUAGUGUUUGCAUCUGCACCUCUGCCGCUGAUGUUCUUCAGACCUUUUAAUCCUAAGAACGCAUUAAUACCAGCGGCAUUUCUCCGGCUUACAGCACGAAUGCUCGGCAUCCGUUGGACAGUGCGUGGUCUCGAAAACGUUGACGACUCCCGAGGUGCGGUAGUUCUGCUUAACCAUCAGAGCAGUCUUGAUUUAUAUGUACUGGCAGUGCUAUGGCCGUUAAUGGCGAGGUGCACUGUGGUGUCGAAACGUGAACUACAGUACCUGGUGCCCUUCGGUACCGCCUCCUGGAUGUGGGGUACGGUGUUCAUAGACAGAGGUGCGAGCACUGCCCGCUCGGUGCUCAACAAGCAGUCUGAGGCCGUCAAGAACCACAAGCGUAAACUGCUGUUGUUCCCCGAGGGUACGCGGCACUCAGGUGACAAACUGCUGCCGUUCAGAAAAGGCGCGUUCCACGUGGCGCUGGACGCUGGAGCUCCUAUUCAGCCGAUCGUGGUCUCCAAGUACCACUUUUUGGACUCUGAACGUCAUAGAUUUAAUUCAGGUGAAAUAAUCAUAACAAUAUUGCCUUUAAUCGAAACGGAGGGUACAAAUAAAGAAGAUAUUUCUACACUGGUGGAGACUGCGCAACAUAAAAUGCAAGAAGAAUUCAGCAGGACGUCGGCGGAGACAUUUACGAUGCACUCUAUGCAUUAGCAGUAGUUAGAAGGUAGUAACUUAUUAAACGUUAAACGGGGCUGUGAUAAUGUCAAAUGUAUGUGGUGCUAAAAUAAUAUAAACAACCAUUUGUUGAAACACUGUGUACACAUUUAAUAUAUUACAAUAAAUUAAACUAAUAAAA